AUGCCAAUUCAGAGCGACCUCACCAUCGAUGCCGCCAAAUUCAAUACAAGCAACGUCACCGACGAAGUAAAGAAAGUGAAUGAGUUUAUUGAAACGGCGACUAAAAAUGGACCAAAGUGGUAUGAAGUAGGAGCUGAGAAAUAUCGACAAAUGGGAGAAACAGGCGAGGCACUACUACCGGCGCCUAUCUAUCUCCCAGAUGCUAUAGACGCAACUCUACCCUCUAGAGAGGCUGGUCGUGAUAUUCCUUUACGUGUGUUCAAACCGGAAAAUGGCCUUCCAAGUAAAGGCAUCUUUCUUCUUUUUCACGGAGGAGGGUUCGUGUUAGGGUCUCACAAACAUUCGGAUACCAAGCUGAAGGCUUAUGCCAACAAAUGCCAACUCACUGCCAUCUCAGUUGGCUAUCGCCUCGCCCCAGAAAAUCCCUACCCGGCCGGUAUCAACGACUGCAUUGAUGCUGCUGAAUACCUCAUUAACCACGCAGAGAAGGACUAUAAAGCAAAGCUAACUCUUAUGGGUGGGGUGUCAUAUGGUGGUUGUUUGGCCGCAUUAACCGUAUUUCGGCUUAUGCGCUCGCGUCCAAAACACCAGCUCGCGGGUGUAGUCUUUCUAUAUCCCUGGCUUGAUGUAUCUCUGGGUCUGCCGAAGGUCACUUCAUUUACAAGGCCGCUAGUGAUAAAUUUUGAGGUGCUACAGCAAUUCGCCAAUGCCUAUGCUCCUAAUACGAGUAUAGAAGAGAGAAAGCACCCUCAGGUCUCACCACUAUACGAGGACAUGCAGGGCUUAUCACUCCCACCAGCACUAUUCCUAUGCGGAACAGAAGACCCGUUACUGGAUGAUACCCUUCUUAUGAGUAUGAAAUGGAUGGCAGCAGGAGGAGAAGCUAUUCUGAAAGUUUACCCAGGAGCUCCUCACGGAUUCAACGUCUUGCCAGUAAAAGUAGCCGACGGAAACGCUGCUAUUCUUGAGUUUAUGCAAGAGAAGCUAGAAGCUGUAGCCCAGAUGCAAGGGGAUUGA